AGAAUGAAGAAAUGCAGAAGCCGUGAACUGUUUAGCCACAAAACUGGACGGCGCGGAGCCCAUCAAGCCCCUGCGGCGCCACCAUGCGCCCGACACGGCUCCUCGCCGCCGCCUCCUCAACGUUCCGACGGCGCCGCCUUUACACUGCCGCCGCAGUCUCCACCGUGGCACCUUCUUCUGCGGCCCCGCCACCGCAGGGCGCCGUCCAGCCCCUCUCCACCCAAUUCGCUAGACCAUCCCCCGCCCGUGGCCACGGCGUCGCCGAUGACCUCGCUUCCUCCCUCCGCGCACUCCUCGCCUCCUCGCCCACCGUCCAGCACGCCUUCCAUCUGCUCCGUUCCGCUGCGCUGGAUACGCGCCUCCCGCCGAACGAGCUCGUCGACGCCGUCCUCUCCACCGUGGACCCUGGCUCGCCGGCCGCGGUUACUCUCCUCAGCCACGUCCUCACCUGCCUCUCCCGUGCUGCCAGCGACUGCGCGGCCGCCGCGGCCGCAUACUCUCGCAUGGUCACGAGGGGCGUUGUCCCGGACGCCAAGUCUCGCACCGACCUGCUCGUCACCACGGCGCUGGGCGCGUCGGCUGCGGAUGCGCUAACGCUGUUCGACGAGAUGCGGGGCAAGGGGUGCUACGCGGAUGCGAAGAUGUACGACGUCGUGAUACGGGCCUGCGUCAGGGGAGGGAUGCACUGUGAUGCCGUCAGGCUGUUUGAUGAAAUGGCUGGUGCCGGGGUCAAGCCCGACGAGCGCGUUUAUGCCAUCACAAUCUCAGGUUUGUGCAAGCUACGCGAUGCAGAUCGGGCACUCCAGGUGUUGGGGAAGAUGAGGGAGGCAGGGUUCGAGCCGUGGGAGUUAACGUACAGUUCUGUGGUGGAUGUGCUUGUGAAGGUGAGGAGGAUGGAUGAGGCAUUGCGGCUGAAGGAUCAGAUGCUGCUGGCUACGGGAAAGAAGAUGGAUGUGGUUCUUGCGACGAUGUUGAUGCACGGGUAUUGCUUGAAUGGAGAAGUUGGGAAGGCAUUGGAUUUGUUUGAUGAGGUUGUCAGUGAUGGUGUGACACCGACCAAUGUGACAUAUGGGGUGCUAAUCAAAGGUUGUGAUGCAGAGGGGAUGACAGAUGAGACAUAUAAGCUAUGCCGCCAGAUGAUAGAGCAGGGAUUGUUACCGAGCACAUAUGAGUUCAAUUUGGUGAUCAAAGGCCUCUUGAGAGACAAACGGUGGAAGGAUGCCAUUGGCUUACUUAAACUUGUGGUAGAUACUGGGGUACCAGAUGUCUUCACUUACGGCUGUCUAAUUCAUUGGCUCUGCAAGCAUCAAAAACUCCACGAGGCAGUCAACUUAUGGGAUAAGAUGAAGGAAGCAGGAGUCAAACCUUCUAUUGUGACAUACCACAGCCUACUGCUGGGGUACUGUGAGAAAGGGCGCAUGGAUGAAGCACUCAAGUUAUACUCUGAGAUGCCUGAUAAAGGAUUCCCGCCUAAUGAGGUCACUUACACAACUCUGAUGAAAGGGUACAUCAAGAAGAAAGCUUUUGACAAUGCCUACGCCCUUCUUAAUGAAAUGCGUCAGAAUGGAGUUUCUUGCGGCGAUUAUACGUAUAAUAUUCUCAUAAAUGGACUUUACAUGGUCAAUCGUGUUUGUGAAGUUGAUGAAAUGUUGAAAAGAUUUUUGAGUGAAGGUUUUGUUCCGACCACAAUGACAUACAAUAGUAUCAUUAAUGGAUUUGUGAAAGCUGGUAUGAUGGGCUCUGCAUUCGGUAUGUAUCGGCAGAUGCGCAAGAAAGUGAAGCUGCUCAUUUACGUGAGGCGCGAUGGCAUUCAACCUGACAUUGCUGCAUACAACGCUUUCAUAGAUACGUUUUGCAAACAGGGGAAUAUGUCUCGUGCACUCCAUUUUUUGGUUCUUCUGUUGAAAGAUGGUUUAACACCAGAUGUCACUGUCUACAAUAGUUUUGUUACAGGGUACAAGAAUUUGAAAAUGAUGGCAGAAGCUUCAAAGUUCUAUUAUAGCAUGAUCAAACAGAGAGUUGUUGCUGAUACAGAAAUCUAUACAACCUUAAUUGAUGGGUUCUCAAAAGUUGGCAAUGUGGCCUUUGCUUUGGAACUGUACUCAGAGAUGAUGGCCAAUCACGUUAUUCCUGAUGAUAAAACUUUCACAGCACUAACCCACGGUCUUUGCCGAAGUGGAGAUAUUGAUGGUGCUAAGAGGUUAUUGGAUGAUAUGAGAAGAUUAGAUGUGUCUCCAAAUAUUGUUACUUAUAACAUGCUGAUAAAUGCAUGCGUCCGUGAUGGUAAGCUGCAAGAGGCAUUCCAACUGCAUGAUGAGAUGCUCAGCAGUGGAGUCGUGCCUGAUGAUACUACAUAUGACAUACUCCCUCGGACCAAUAAUAGUUGAUUUUCCACCUGCCAGGAUUGCUUGCUGCUUGUUCAAGCCUCCAGUCUGACACAGUGUAUUACCAACCAGAGGGAAUACGAGUUAGCUUGAAACUUUUGGAAGCAAGUCCUGCAGAUGCUGAAAAUCAUGUUUCAAUUCUGCCAGUAAAGUAUGAAGAACCUUAACAUGCGAUUCAGCAGAUUGAAAUUUAGGAAACUUGCACUGUAAAUGAAGUGAACUCCUUGUCAGUUAUAAUUUUUCCUUUUCAAUAUAUCUCUACCCCUUUAAAGCACGACUUUGACACGUCGCGCACUCCCAUGGUGCUGGGAACUCCCGCACUUCCCUCAGCCUCCUCUCGCGUGGUGCUCGGAAGUCGGAACCCUCAACCUCCUCCCUCGUCGUUUGAAAUUACUGUGCUUCCCUUAGCCUCCUCCCCUGGUUCUCGAAACUACUAGAGAUGGAUUUAGAUCUUUAUUUAAAUGUUAAUUUUUUUGUCUUCUUUCUUUGAUUGUAAACAAGUAACAUAUAUAAUUUACUGUGUAAAUUUAUAUUUUUAUUUUCAA